AUGGCUCAACGAUGGCGUUUUCGCAACUCAAAUUUGUUAACCACAGGCGUAAUUGAAGCUUUAGAUGACGUUCGACAGCGCUGGCGCGUCGGAUCUCUCUGCUUCGGCAUACUUUUGUGGCUUCUAUUCCUUCUCGGCGGAGUCGCAGUUCUAGCCAGCCCUGAAUGGCCGAUUGACCUAAAGGGAACCACCAGCGCAUGCAGGCCCGAUGAUACUUUUAGUGUGUUACCAGCGUAUAUGUUCUGGUCUAUUUGGUCCGGAUCGGGUCUGUUCCAGGUCACACUUGGGGUUGGCGAGUUAAGUUUCAGCACCGCGAAGGCAAUCGAUGUUGCUUGGGACAUUUUUGUUGGCCGUGGCGGACAAGCUGUUAUCGGAUUUAUCUCGUGGCGCGUCAUGAAAGGCUACGUUACAACAUCUAUGCUAUCUCGCGGGCCGGUUACAUUCCACACAUAUCGCACGAUCUUCCUCCAGGACCAAUCUCUAGUACUGGCUAUACCUAAGGUCAUUCGAGAUUUCAUAUACAGGCGUCGUCUUCACUCUAGAUUUGUAAUGGUAUGCAUGAUUUCGACCUUUUGCUUCAUACUAGUUUUUCCCACGCUUGCUAGUGCGAUGACGGGAUACACUUCCAAUAUGAAGGCGUAUGUACCGGAUCGAGAUGGCAAUCUCAUGGCUUUCGACGCUUUCCGAAGUGUCCUAUUUAUCGUUCAUGAUGGUUCUAGGAUCAAUCAGACUGAUGAGUAUUUCGUUACAUCCGAUGAGGAGGCAGGAAGUAAUCUUUGGACCCCUUACUCAAGUUCAAUGAACGAUCUGGACCGUGCUACAUGUGGCGAAAAAAUCUUAAUUGGAGUUCCAAAAACUAUACACUCCCUUCGAACGAUAAACUGGGUAAGUUCUCUGUCUAAAAUGGGAUAUGGCCCAUCAUAUCCAGAGAUCACACGGAGCGAGGUCAAAAAUGUUUCUAGCAGUAUUGGACUUAUCGAUGUAAGUAUAACAACAAUAUAUGAUCUCGACUGUUCGUCGUGCCUGACCAGUGAUGGUAUAGAUGUUGAAUCGUUUGGUUAUGGAGGAACAAAUCAAACGAAUUCAUCUUUCAUGAUGACAACUUUGAUAUCACCUCCAUCACUCAACAUCACCGGGUUUUUCUUGCCGGACGAUAUGUUUUCACGUUAUGAAGGCGAACAUGACCCUUCCAAAGCCAUAUGGAGGCAUUUUGACGACACAUACGAUUUAGAAUACGUAACUUCGUUAGGAACUUGUCAAGCAACCAAGACCUAUCGGUGGGGCUUUUCCUUUCUCCUACUAUACAUCAUGCUCUGCCUUCUCCUCGUCUGGACACUCGCUAUGAUGGGAAUUUGGCUAUACGCACAAGUUCUAUUGAAGAAACACGGAAUUACUGAUGUAUCAGGUGAGAUCAAAGCCGUAUUUGAACUCGCGCAAAUCGUCGCAUUGACAAAGAAUUGCAAGGCGGCUCUAUAUCGUAUGCGUCUCCGACCACGAUACAAAACCAAAACAUGGAUCUCUUUCCAAGAAUCAAUAAUGUUUGGGUGUGUGUUUAUCCAAUCUUGUUGGUGACAAGUUUGGGGCUGUAUCAGUAUAGUCU